UCUCGUAUGGACCGGAAGUUAGGCCGGAAGGAGGAAAACACUAAUGUAGCUAGCUGGUAGCUAACCAUGCAUAUAUUAUUUAGUGUACUGGUAAAUAUUGUCAAUAAUUCCUCAGGUUUCUAUCAAACUGUAACGUUAGUAACAAGCUAGUGUCCCGUAGAGCCUUCUGCUGUUUUGCGGUAAUGCGGAUUGACAGAAGAAUCUAACCCGGAAGCUGGCCUGGAAGAAAGAAGAUCCUUGUGUUGAUAGCCAGCUAGCUUAGUUUGGUAGUGUCUGAAAUGUGUCUGAUAUCAUUUGAUGUCGUUUAAAUUAGACUUGGAUUUUGCCCAACUCGGACUAUAUACGUGGAGUUAGCGAUAUUUUCAACGACCAUUUCAUACAGUUUUGCUAUCUGGUCUAUGAAAGUAAAUUAUCUAGCUACCGUUGGCCUAGCUAGUUAGCAAUCUGAGUUGUAUGGAAAGUAAUCCGCUAGAUAAUGUGACCUCGUGGUGAACUGUCGGGGAUUUGAGAAGAAUCUGCUUUAGUUUAAUUCAGUGACCCAACUCUUUCAUAGGAAACUAUUUCUGAAGAAUUCACGAUGAAUGAGGAUUCUGCCGACCCAUCCAACCCCCCUCUCUCCUGCUCCACUGAACCCAACCCUCCAGAGUCACUGGUUCCUGACUCUAACCAUAGAGACAUCGACACCUGCAGUGAAAUACCCAGAUUUAACAUUGUAGUCAAGGAGGAGGAAGACUGGGACGUGGAUGAUACUGAAGAGAGACCUGACCACUGCUCUGACAGUGAAGGGAGUCCCUCUACAUCAGGACUACCUGAACAACACCAGGGGAAUCACACAGCUAAGAAGAUUCACUUUUGUUCAGUGUGUGGAAAGAACUGUCACAAGUUAUCAAAACUACAAAUACAUAUGAGAACUCACACAGGAGAAAAGCCUUACUCCUGCUCUGUUUGUGGGAAGCAAUUCAGUGAGAAAGGAAACCUGAAAAAACACCAGACCUUGCACACAGGAGAGAAGCUGUACAGUUGCUCCGUGUGCGGGGAGAGUUUCUCUUCAUCGUCAAAUCUUACCAAACACCAGAGAACACACACAGGAGAGAGUCAAGUGUCUGUAGCUGUAGAAGAGUGUGGUUUUACACCACCAUUGGUUAUCAAAGUGAAAGAGGAGGACGAGGAUCCUGCUUUUGCAGAGAGACAUGACCACUGCUCUGACAGCGAAGGGAGUCCCUCUACAUCAGGACUACCUGAACAACACCAGGGGAAUCACACGGCUAAGAAGAUUCACUUUUGUUCAGUGUGUGGAAAGAACUGUCACAAGUUAUCAAAACUACAAAUACAUAUGAGAACUCACACAGGAGAAAAGCCUUACUCCUGCUCUGUCUGCGGGAAGCAAUUCAGCGACAAAGGAAACCUGAAAAAACACCAGACGGUGCACACAGGAGAGAAGCUGUACAGUUGCUCCGUGUGCGGGGAGAGUUUCUCUUCAUCGUCAAUUCUUACCAAUCACCAGAGAACACACACAGGAGAGAGUCAAGUGUCUGUAGCUGUAGAAGAGUGUGGUUUUACACCACCACUGGUUAUCAUAGUGAAAGAGGAGGACGAGGAUCCUGCUUUUGAGAGACCUGACCACUACUCUGAGAGUGAAGGAAGUCCCUCUACAUCAGGACUACCUGAACAACACCAGGGGAAUCACACGGCUAAGAAGAUUCACUGCUGUUCGGUGUGUGGAAAAAACUGUCAGAAGUUAUCAAAACUACAAAUACAUAUGAGAACUCACACAGGAGAAAAGCCUUACUCCUGCUCUGUCUGCGGGAAGCAAUUCAGCGACAAAGGAAACCUGAAAAAACACCAGACGGUGCACACAGGAGAGAAGCUGUACAGUUGCACCGUGUGCGGGGAGAGUUUCUCUUCAUCGUCAAAUCUUACCAAACACCAGAGAACACACACAGGAGAGAGUCAAGUGUCUGUAGCUGUAGAAGAGUGUGGUUUUACACCACCAUUGGUUAUCAAAGUGAAAGAGGAGGACGAGGAUCCUGCUUUUGAGAGACCUGACCACUGCUCUGAGAGUGAAGGGAGUCCCUCUACAUCAGGACUACCUGAACAACACCAGGGGAAUCACACAGCUAAGAAGAUUCACUUUUGUUCAGUGUGUGGAAAAAACUGUCACAAGUUAUCAAAACUACAAAUACAUAUGAGAACUCACACAGGAGAAAAGCCUUACUCCUGCUCUGUUUGUGGGAAGCAAUUCAGUGACAAAGGAAACCUGAAAAAACACCAGACCUUGCACACAGGAGACAAGCUGUACAGUUGCUCCGUGUGCGGGGAGAGUUUCUCUUCAUCGUCAAAUCUUACCAAACACCAGAGAACACACAAAGGAGAGAGUCAUGGUUUUACACCACCACUGGUUAUCAUAGUGAAAGAGGAGGAAGAGGAUCCUGCUUUUGCAGAGAGACAUGACCACUGCUCUGACAGUGAAGGGAGUCCCUCUACAUCAGGACUACCUGAACAACACCAGGGGAAUCACACAGUUAAGAAAAUUCACUGUUGUUCAGUGUGCGGACAAGACUGCAAAAAGUUAUCAAAACUGCUAAUACAUAUGAGAAUACACACAGGAGAAAAGCCAUACCCUUGCUCUGUGUGUGGAAAGCAGUUCCGUGUAAAAAGACAUCUUCAAGACCACCAGAUAGUGCACACUGGAGAGAAACCUUACAUCUGCUCCAAAUGUGACAAGAGGUUUGGUUUCGCCUCAGCCUUGAAAAGGCACCAGUGGUUACACACAGAAGAGAAACCUUACUCCUGCUCUGUGUGUGGGAAGGGUUUUAGCUUACAAUCACGCAUGAAGGAACACUUCCUGAUGCACUCAGGAGAAAAACCCCACUCCUGCUCUGUCUGUGGAAAGAGUUUCAGCCGUCCAGAUCAGUUAAAGGACCACUCUCUGCAACACACAGGGAAACCCCACCACUGUUCUAUGUGUGAGCAAAGCUUUGCCUUGUCUAAACAACUCCUGAAGCAUGAGAAGACUCACACAGGAAAGAGACCUUAUAGUUGCUCUGUGUGUGGGAAGAGUUUCAGCGAGAAGGCGUAUCUUGAAGACCACCGGUCAGUGCACACUGGAGAGAAACGACACCCUUGCCCUGAUUGUGACAAGAAGUUUGGAUGUGCUUCGUCCCUGCGUAAACACAGACUGUUGCACAUAGAAGGGAAAUCCCACUCCUGCUCUGUGUGUGGGAAGAAUUUUUCUGAAGCACGUUACUUGAAGGAGCAUUUCCGGACACACACUGGAGAGAAACCUUUCUCCUGCUCUGUCUGCGAUAAGAGUUUUGCAAGAUCAGCAGGCCUUAAAGUCCACCACAGAUAUCAUACAGGAGAGAAACCUUACAGCUGUCCUAAAUGUGGCCAGAGCUUCAUUAGUUCUCAAAAACUUCAGAGACAUCAGAAAACUCAUGCUGGUUUAACACCUGUUGAGUUUCAAAACCUUGUUACAAUUGAAGGAGAGCGGGAGGGAGAAGGUGAGGAAGUUGGUGGUCUGAUUCAUUCAGCUGGAGAAGAGGUUGGUUGGGAUCUUCAUCGUCUCGACGAGAGUUCGGAGGGGAGAACCUCUACAUCAGGAAAACCUAAAGAAACCUAGGGGAAUCUCAAAGCUCAGAGAUACAGUUGCUCUGUGUGUGGGACAGACCGGCAACGGUUAUUUGAUCUGAAAAAGACACAUGACACGUGAAAUCAUACAGAUGUUUUGUUGGCGGGAAGAGUUUUAGACGAGCAGACCUGAUGAUGCAUCGCUUUUGGACACAAAGGAGACGCAUGGGGAGAAACCUUACCCCUGUUCUGUCUGUGGGAAGGCUUUAACAAGAUCAUCAGACCUUAACAUGCACAGUAAAGUUCAUACAGGAGAGAAACCUUACCCCUGUUCUGUCUGUGGGAAGGCUAACAAGAUCAUCAGACCUUUAACAUACACAGUAGAGUUCAUACAGGAGAGAAACCUUACAGCUGUGACGAAUGUGGCCAGAGACGACUCAGAGUCACUCCUCAGAGUCUUGGGAGACACAAGAAGAGACGCCACAUCUCACUUCCUGAGGAGGACCAGGCUGGCGGGGUCAAGACUGAAGAGCCAAUAGUAUCAUAGAUGAAGAGGAGGAGGCAAACUCAUAUGUCAACGGUAGCAUGGUGGAAAGUGGGAAACAUCUAAACAUCUUGACGUAAAAUAUAUACAGUGCAUUCGGAAAGUAUUCAGACCCCUUGACUUUUUACACAUUCUGUUACGUUACAGCCUUAUUUUAAAAUUGAUUAAAUUGUUUUUUCCCCUCAUCAACAUUCACACAAUACCAAUGACAAAGCAAAAACAGGUAUUUUUUUUCCCGGAAAUUUCACAUUUACAUACAGUUGAAGUCGGAAGUUUACAUACUCCUUAGUCAAAUAUAUUUAAACUAAGUUUUUCACAAUUCCUGACAUUUAAUCCUAGUAAGAAUUCCCUGUCUUAGGUCAGUUAGGAUCACCACUUUAUUUUAAGAAUGUGAAAUGUCAGAAUAAUUAGUAGAGAGAAUUAUUUACUUCAGCUUCACAUUCCCAGUGGGUCAGAAGUUUAUAUACACUCAAUUAGUAUUUAGUAGCAUUGCCUUUAAAUUGUUUAACUUGGGUCAAACGUUACAGGUCGUCUUCCACAAGCUUCCCACAAUAAGUUGGGUGAAUGUUGGCCCAUUCCGCCUGACAGUGCUGCUGUACCUGAGUCAGGUUUGUAGGCCUCCUUGCUCAAACACGCUUUUUCAGUUCUACCUACACAUUUUCUAUAGGAUGGAGGUCAGGGCUUUGUGAUGGCCACUCCAAUACCUUGACUUUGUUGUCCUGAAGUCAUUUUGACACAACUUUGGAAGUAUGUUUGGGGUCAUUGUCCGUUUGGAAGACCCAUUUUCAACCAAGCUUUAAUUUCCUGACUGGUGUCUUGAGAUGUUGCUUCAAUAUAUCCACAUAAUUUUCCUCCCCCAUGAUGCCAUCUAUUUUUAAGUGCACCAGUCAAUCCUGCAGCAAAGCACCCCCACAACAUGAUGCUACUACCCCGUGCUUCACGGUUGGGAUGGUGUUCUUCGGCUUGAAAGCCUCCCCCUUUUUCCUCCAAACAUAACGAUGGUCAUUAUGACCAAACAGUUCUAUUUUUGUUUCAUCAGACCAGAGGACAUUUCUCCAAAAAGUACCAUCUUGGUUCCCAUGUGCAGUUGCAAACUGUAGUCUGGCUUUUUUAUGGCGGUUUUGGAGCAGUGGCUUCUUCCUUGCUGAGCAGCCGAUAUAUGUCGAUAUAGGACUCGUUUUACUGUGGAUAUAGAUACUUUUGUACCUGUUUCCUCCAGCAUCUUCACAAGGUCAUUUGCUGUUGUUCUGGGAUUGAUUUGUUCUUUUUUUUCGCACUAAAGUACGUUCAUCUCUAGGAGACCGAACGCGUCUCCUUCCUGAGCGGUAUGACGUCUGCGUGGGCCCAUGGUGUUUAUACUUGCAUUCUAUUGUUUGUACAGAUGAACGUGGUACCUUCAGGCAUUGGGAAAUUCUUGGCUGAUUUCUUUUGAUUUUCCCAUGAUGUCAAGCAAAAGAGGCACUGAAUUUGAAAGUAGGCCUUGAAAUAUAUCCACAGGUCCACCUCCAAUUGACUCAAAUGAUGUCAAUUAGCCUAUCAGAAGCUUCUAAAGCCAUGACAGCACAGUCAACUUAGUGUAUGUAAACUUCUGACCCACUUGAAUUGUGAUAGUGAAUUAUAAGUUAACUAAUCUGUAAACAAUUAUUGCACAAAGUAGAUGUCCUAACCAACUUGCCAAAACUAUAGUUUGUUAACGAGAAAUUUGUGGAGUGGUUGAAAAACGAGUUUUAAUGACUCCAACCUAAGUGUAUGUAAACUUCUGUCUUCAGCUGUAAGUAUUCAGACCCUUUACUCAGUUCUUUGUUGAAGCGCCUUUGGCAGCGAUUACAGCAUAGCCUUCUUGGGUAUGACGCUACAAGCUAGGCACACCUGUAUUUGGGGAGUUUCUCCCAUUCUUCUCUGCAAAUCCUCUCAAACUCUGUCAGGUUGGAAGGGGAGCGUUGCUGCACAGCUAUUUUCAAUUCUCUCCAGAGAUGAUUGAUCGGGUUCAAUUCCGAGCCCUGGCUGGGCCGCUCAAGGACAUUCAGAGACUUGUCCUGAAGUCACUCCUGCGUUGUCUUGGCUGUGUGCUUUAGGGUUGUUGUCCUGUUGGAAGGUGAACCUUCGCCCCAGUCUGAGGUCCUGAGCGCUCUGGAGCAGGUUUUCAUCAAGGAUCUCUCUGUACUUUGCUCUGUUCUUCUUUCCCUCGAUCCUGACUAGACUUUCAGUCCCUUCUGCUGAAAAACAGGUGUGUGCCUUUACAAAUCAUGUCCAGUCAAUUGAAUUUACACCAGGUGGACUCCUAUCAAGUUGUAGAUCCAUCUCAAGGUUGAGCAAUGGAAACAGGAUGCACCUGAGCUCAAUUUAGAGUCUCAGCAAAGGGUCUGAAUACUUAUUUAAAUAAAUUAUUAUUUAUUUUAUAAGAUUUCUGUUUUUGUUUUUUUUGCCAACAAAAAAAAUUGCUAGCGUGUCUAAAAACCUGUUUCAGCUUUGUCGUUGUGGGGUAUAGUGUCGUUGUGGGGUAUAGUGUCGUUGUGGGGUAUAGUGUCGUUGUGGGGUAUAGUGUCGUUGUGGGGUAUAGUGUCGUUGUGGGGUAUUGUGUUGUUGUGUAGUGUCGUUGUGGGGUACAGUGUUGUUGUGGCGUAUAGUGGGGUACAGUG